AUGAACAUUCACGUCCUGGUGAGUGCAGAAACUAUGCCUAGUAACAGGUAUAUUUAUUUGCUAGGUCGCAGAAUUGCAAGCAUGGCGUUUUCUCUAGUGAAUAGUUGGAAUUAUUUUGCAUAUUCCUUUUUUGAUGAUAAGAUUUUGUAUACAAAUAUGAGACGAAUGCAAUUUGGAUUUGACAUGAUGGAAACAUUAACGACUUUUCAGGAAGAACACGGACGUUAUGCAGUUACAAAACAUGGACACUCAAAUGUAUUUGGAUCUUUGAAGGAAUAUUACGAAAAGUAUAUAUUAAAUAACCCCAAGAUGCACCAUGCGAAAAAUGUUCUAAUUAUUUCUAAAUUUUUUGGAGAUAUGGAACCCUCAGAAUAUCCUGAUGAAUUCAUAAAUUACAUAAGAGACAUUAGAAGUAAAGAUUUGGGCAUUUUUUUCUUCUCAGACAGUUCUGAGGAAUCCAAGAGGAUCACCUUUCUGAUCUCUGAAAUGAGUUAUCAUAGAUCUUCCCACAUUCCUUUAGCAUAUUUUUUUACUGACAAAAUUGAUAGUCACGCUAGAAUCAGUGUAAAAAGAUUUUGCUAUGCUUUGGAAUAUGGUGCAACUUGUGCGAGGUAUAACGAUUGGUCUGAUUGGAGUGGGCCUUGUGAAUUUAGGAAAAGACAGAGAACCAUUCCCAAAAAAGUUACCCUUGAACCUUAUAUCAUUAAUCGUGAUUACUACACUGCUCAUUGUAGAAGCCUUUUCAACUAUGAAUUAAUAAUCAGAGAAGAUUACAGAAGCGAAUGUACUAACGAAAUAUACAACUGCAGAGGUAUCUGUGAUAAAGGAUAUAUGUUCAAACCAGAAGUUAUAGCGUACGAAAUCUUAGAAAAGUAUGUCCCAUGUAAUGAUUUGCCAAUUUGCUCAGCUAAGCAAAGAAAAAAAAAUCACCAUAAAACUUAUGAACAAUUACUAGAAAUGCUCAAGAAUUAUGCAGACGAGCUCCGUACAGAAGAAGUCAAAGAACGGAAGGAAAUGAACAGACCAUACGAAGGUGAAAUUGGCGAAGAGGGUGCUCAGCCACGAAUGGUGAGGGAGGCAAAUGCUCAACUAAAAGAAAAGACAGACUCAAUGAUAGAAAGACAGCACCUUCUUAUUAAAAAUCACAAGCUCCUGCUUCAGCAUAUCGAACAGGGCGAUAAUGUAAAUGUCAUCGACAAUUUUGGAAACUUCACUGUGAGGAGACCCGGUAAGAAUACACACGAUGUGAAGGUAGAUGGAAGGGUUGACGCACCUUUUAAUGCUGCCACUGUAGGUGCGGAUACUGCCAAUAAGAAAAAUGGGGAGGAUCAAAGUGGGAGUACUCCCGUCGAAACUGCAAAUGAGGGAACCGCGGAUGAAGAACACCAAGACGAAAGCACAAAUGUUGGGAUAGAAGACUCAGACACUGCAGGAAAAACUCAUGAGAAGAAGCUGGCGGAAGGUGAAAAAAUGGCGGAUGGAAAAGAGGGUGACGAAAAUGCUAAAGAACGCACUAACCAGGGAAGUAGUCUCAAUACUGAGGAGGCCAAAAAUAUACUUGAUGCAGAAGAACAAGGGGAAGAGAAAAUGGAACAGGAAAUUAUUAAAGACAACAAUCUUGACAAACCAGAUGAAAUCACAAAGGUGGAUACGAUUGAUACUGUGGCAACAGAUGGAACUGCGAAAAUUGAUUCACCGAGUUCGACAAAUGGGAGCAAUUUUCCUAAUGUGGAAGCUGGAGAAUAUUCAAAUAAUCAACCAAUAAUCCCAGAAGAAAAUGACAAGACAAAAUCUCAAAUUGUUCAUAGUAAAGAUGACGUUGUAAAUUCAGAUCAUUAUGUCACAUCCGAGAACGCUGGUGAUGCAAUAAAUAGUGGACCUAGAGCAGAUGCAUCGCAGGGACAUUCUUCAGCUUAUCAUAAUAAUUCACCUGUUUAUAAAAGAACGCAUGAUGGUAGGGACGAAUUGACUGAUAAGCAUCAGAAAGAAUUGUAUAAGGAGAGUGAUGCACCGAAAGGGGAGAGCGAAAGCGAAAGCGGUCGUGAUGGUCAAGGUGGAGAAGAUAAAAUAACUCAUGUGAACAAAGGGGUGGAAGAAGCAGGAACUGAGCGUACCGAUCCACCAAAGGAACAUGCACACAGAGAAAUAACUCAACAUGGUCGUGUUGAAGAUGAGGCUAAAGUCAAAGAAAGCGACAACCAACAGAGGAGGGAACAGACGAAAGAACACGCGUAUGAAGACACGAACGAACAAGCGAAUCAAAUCGGGAGUGACACCGAUGAAGCUACGACACGAACUCAUCAAGUAGGAGUAACUGCAGUAACUGCAGAACAGGGAAGAGAAAAAGGGGAAGAUAACGUGACAUAUGUUGGACAAAAACGAAAUAUAAAUGGUGAGGAAGUGGUAGAGGGACAGUUACAACAUACACAGACUAAAGAGGUAGGAUUAAAUAGGCAACUGGGAAAUAAACAUGGAGAAGAAGAUAAAAGUGCGAAUCAUGACAUAUUACUAAGAGACUUUCUAAUUAUGAACCACGUUCCGGAUGGCUCCAAAAAACAAUAUGAACUGCCAGAUGUGGAAAGUGAGAAAAAAGAAUCAACAUAUCACACAACAGAGAUGCAUAGUGAGAACCAUGGACGAGUUAGUGGACAUAAUAAACAAACACAUGAUACGACUGGAGGAAUAGAAACAACUACGCAAUCCCAUGCCGUGCACGAAAUGAAGGGAAAAUGGGAUAAGAGUAACCAUUUGGUUGAAUCCACCAUUCCAGAUGAAACAAAAACAGAGGAACAUCAAACAGAAAGUGAUAGUACAGAUGGGCAUAUUUUACAAGGAGAAAGCAUAAGCGCAGAUCCUUUGCACAACAAAGGAGAUAGUCAACAGCAAUUUCAGGGAGAAGAACAAAGCGAACAAGAAAGUGAGGGAAAAAAAAGGGAAGAAGAAGAUGCCAAUUCUUCCAACGUAUCCGAGAAUCACGUCCUUACAACGGAAGAUCAAACGGAUGACCAGGAAACCAAAGAAACGAGUCACAUAUCGACUAAAUCAAUUAGCGAGCAUAGAAGUCUUGAAGAAGGCAAUGAAGAGAAACAAUUUAUGCGUGUUCAGACAGGCAAAGAGCAUUUAGUCAUUGAAAAUGAUGGGGAAAGUAACAAAAUAUCAGGUGAAUCUACAGGGGGGGAAAUAAUAUCAGGUGAUGAUAUGAACAAAGUAAAAGUAUCCCAGGAGGACAUAAAUGAACAUCAGGCAGCCUAUAAAAACAUAAGGGAACAUGUAGGACAAACUGAUAUGAGCGAUAUUCACAAAGCAGAUAAGAAAGAUGCAGAAAAUAUUGUGGAAGAUAGUAAUGCGAAUGAUCCCGAAGAAUUAGAAGAGACCCUGAGAGAAAACAGCUUAAUAAGACAUAACUUUGGAGAACAUCCGGACGCACAUGAUGCUGAAAAGGCAGAUGAACUGUCAAGCGAAAGGGAACAGGAAAGGAAAAUAGCGGGGGGACAUAUUCAAGGAGAAGCAUUAUCUGGUAAUCACGCGACACAUAGUCAGGCAAAAGAAAAAAUUGAGGAAGAACCUAGAACAUCCAACGAACAUGUGACAGAGGAAUUGACGGCAGGUCAUGUUCAGACCGAACAAGAAGUACAGGAAGCAGAAAAGGGACACAGUACACAGGAUCAAACAAUUGUCCGUAGAACAGUAUUAGGGGAAUCACCCAAAAGUGACCAUUUGGCAGAUGAAACAGAGAGCAGAAACGAGUUAACCCGGGAAUUUGUUCCAACACACGUAAUAGCAGGCGAUCAAAUGAAGGGGAAUAAUCUAGUGGAUGGAAUUGUGGGAGAACAUUCAGACGCAGUUGAAGGAGAUGCAGUGGAAGAGGAAGGUGCGAGUGAACGUGAAUUCGUGGGUGAAAUUACAGAUGAACAUAAAGCUAAGGAUGAAAGUAAGGAUGAAGCCGUAGAUGGAAGAGCAAAUGUCGCUGAAGGCACAGAUGUGGGUGCGCAUACAGAAAUAGGCCAACACAAAGAGAUGCGUGAAACUAAGCGGGGAAGUAACGAUAUAGGUGAUAAUAAUGUGGGUGAUAUGACUGAUGUGGGUGAUAUGACUGAUGUGGGUGAUAUGACUGAUGUGGGUGAUACCACUGAUGUAGGCAAGCACCAAGAAACAGGUGAAAGGGAAGAACUAGCAGAAGUUAAAGGACACCAUAUGGAGAUAGUUGGUGUUAAAAAUGAAGGUAAAAACGAAGCAGUGGACGAAAGUGAAAGUAACGAUGUAGGCGAACAUAAAGAAAUAGGUGAAAGCAUGAAUGUAGUUCAAAGUGAUGAUGAUGGUGAACCUAAAGUCAAUUAUGAGAGUCCAGAUGAAACUGAAGCCACUAGUAGUAAACAUGACGGAAUUAUAGAAAGUAGGGAAAUAGACGAACGUACAGAUGUGGCUGAGCAAAUGGAUCUAGGUGAUCAUACAGAAAUGGGCGAACAUAAGGAAGCAGGAGAGCGUAAGGAAUCAGGAGAACGUAAAGAUGCGGGAGAACAUAUAGAAAUGGGCCAACAUGGCAAAGCCGGAGAAUAUGGCGAAUCAGCUGAAGUUGAAGGCGUCAAAAGUGAACACAUACAAGGAAGCACGGAAGGUGACACCAAAAAAGGUAAACCAAUCGAUGCAUCACGUGAGAACAAAACAAUGGAGGAAGGAGAAAGUUCUGAGAUAAAACAGAAGCUAAAUGAAGAUAGAGUGAACCCCAUUGAUGAGACAGUGGAAGGACGGGCAAAGAAAGAAGAACUGGAAGGUGCUAUUACACAUUCUGAACAUAACGAAAAGGGGGAAGUGACUCCAAAGGAAUAUGAAGGAGUAAACACCUUAGAUCGAAAUGGUGAAAAUGAACAAAAAGUGGAAAACAAACAUGAACAAAAUUUAGAUUAUAGAAUAGAUGAUAAGAAAAAGACAAGUAUACCACCGCAUGCACAAACUGAUGUGAAUAAAGAAAUACAUGGCCAGGUGAAGGAAAAGGUAAAAGAGACAUCCACAACAAAUAGCAAAAACGAACCAACUGGUGAAGUUUCGAGUAGAACCAAUGUAGACACAGAUUCCAUAAUUACACAACAAAAAACGAGCGUAUUGCCAGAAGACGAAUCGAAAAAAAUUGAAUCAAAGAAAGAAAAAGCUGACGUAAAAAAUAUAAAUGAAAUAAUUGAUAAUGUAGUAAAUACAUAUGAUAGUAAAAAAAUGAAUAGUGAAAAACAAGAUUAUAUUAAGGAAAAAUUAGACAUCCUUGAAGAUUUUGUAGAAAGCACCAAACAAGUGGAAGGAGGAAAAAAUGACAACCCAUACAAAUACUACUCAGAUAUGAAGAGUGUCCAUAAGCUAUUUUAUAAAAAAGAUUCCAACGGGAAAUUAGAAAAAGACAAAUAUCUGAUUGUUGGGCAGGAUAAUUUUAUCAUAGAUUCGGAUGAUACCAAAACCCCCUUUCCGAAAAAUAUGUCCAGAAGGGUUAGUGAACUCCUGGAAGAACAGAUUCAAAAGGACGUAACGAACACGUUGAAUGAGGAUGAGAAGGCGAGAAAGGAAGCCACCGAGGGGGGAGAAAACGGGGAUGAAAAUAAUAACACAGAUGAAAACAGAAGUGGGAACGAAGGUGGAGACGAAAACGCCAGUCAAGACAGACGCAGCGAAAGCGGAGCCCACAACAGCAGAACAUUCAAGUACGGAAGCAUAACCGUCUUCGCUGGUGCAGCUUUAAUUCUUUUUUCCAUGUAUAUUUACAAACAUGCACACAACUACGGGCGUGCGGAAAAGGACAACGCGAAUAACAUCGAAUACCAGUUUGCAGCCGAAGUUGCGAUGAACGAAGAUAAAGGCCAAGACAUAGCAUGCGGACAAAAUGGCUACAUUGAGGAAGGCUGGUCGUAG